GUUGACUGACGUCGUGGCCAACAGCACGUGCUUACCGAGGCGGCGCGUGCAGCAAAAAGGAGUAGCAGCAGCUGUAGUGGCCCACAACAACAACAACAACGACGGCAGCAGAAGCAUCAGCAGCCGAGCAGCCAGUUGAAAAGCUACACACAGAGUAUACAACACACAGCGCUAGUAUCACAACAACAAGCUCUUUGGGCUAGGCCGCGAGAAGGGAGGUGACGAGCGGGGACCGAUUUUAACUUGAGUGAAAUACAAGCAGUUGAAGAAGAAGCAGCAGGACAAUUCACCAAAUUGCAAAUGUGUGUAAAUACACAAUGUGUGAGCAAGAGGAGGGUUGGAGAAAGGAACUGGGAUAGAGAGUGAGUUAGUGGGAAUGACAAUGAAAACGCGACAAUAAAUUAGCUGUAAACUGCACCUUGUUAUUUGCACAUGAAUCGAAAGUGGAUUAUAUAUUUUGCUAUUAUAUUAAUAACAACACACAAAAGGAGACCAGAAGAACCAGCAGUAAUCAAAGUUAAUUUACCAACACAAGAAACGUAAACGUGAAAUUCUAUUUACGCAAAUAAUGAUCCGCAAGGAGCGCGGAGGAGAAAGAAGAAGAAGGGGCGAAUAAGUAGGCAACAUAAGAAUUAGGAGCAGCAGCCGGAGAAGCAGGCAGCGCGCAAACAGGAUACUUAAAAUAUCAAGGCAAACACACACACAAACACGAGUACACACGCACACGCACUUGCCCGAAGGAGGUUCAUAUUUUUGGCGAAAAAACACAAAACCACUGCACGAAAUAAAUAGAAUAUAAACCCAACAACGCUGAGGUGUAUGGCCCAAAGGCAAGGCAAACAAACAGAGCCCAAAAAAAGAGGAGAAGAAGAAGCGAAACAUAAAGAUGCCAAAAUGCUGGACGGAGAUUGAUGCUGGCUGCCAACGAACAGCACCCACUACAACAACAACCACAAGCACAGCAGCAGCAGCAGCAGCAGCAGCAGCAACAACUGCAACACAAAUAAUAAGGCCGAGACAAACGACAACCAAGAACAACAGCAACAAGAGCAACAGCAGCAGUGACAACCGCCAAAUGUGAGCAGACAAACGACAGCAAUCGAGAUAUACUGACUUCGAAAUACCUCGCGAUUAAGCCAUGAACGCACUCGAUAUGAAUAAACAAUUUCUGAGCGUCUCCCAGGACCAUCAUCAUCAGACCUCGGUGGCGGACCAGCGGAGUCGCUCAAGAUCGGAGCGCGCCGCCAGCCUUGCGCUGCCUCUCAACUCGCUGCUGGACUUCUACGACAAGCAGCAGGAGCAGUGCAAGUCCGUGACUCUGCUGCCGUUGCCCAGCAACUCCGGCGGCAUCAGCGAGAGCAGCGACCUCACCAGCAGCAACAGCAUCGUGCGGCGACACUCCUCCCACUACUAUCCAAUGCUCGAGGACAAGCAGAAGCCGUCGCAGCUGCCCCAGGCAGCCACCGAAAUGCUUGUAAACAUGACGGAGCUAAAAUAUGGCCAGUCAGCGCUCCAGAGGGCCAUCGCGGGUGGAAGGCAGGUCCAUCAGCACCAGCAGCACUUGGUGCGGGUGGACACCCCAGUGACGCCCCCGCCUCCCAUUCCGAGGCGUCUGCUGCGCGGCAAGUCCUCCUGGCAGUCGUCGAGUCACACACUUCCACUCUCGGCUGGCGGACAGGAUGGCGCCCACGGCACGGGCACAGUAUUUGUUUAUCCGCAGCCAGAAGACGUGACCGCAGAGGCAGUAGUCCGGGGAUCAGGCGACGGACAAGGAGGAGGUACCGGGCUGCAAUCAGCACUGCUUGUUGACAUAGCCACACGUCCGGCGUCCGGAUAUGCGGAUGCCGAUGGGAUUUCCGAUGAUGACCGCAUGAGUCUGGAGAACUCCGUGUUCGACGAGUCGCUAACAUCCACGCCCGUCAAGGUCGCCGGCUAUUUGACCGGCCGCUACGCCGGGCUAAGUCACAUGGCCAAGCGGGCGCAGCGCUCCUCCAGCAGCACCGUGGAUUCCGCCUACGGCUCAUCGCUGGGCGGGCACAGUGAGCGGUUCGCCAGCAGCUCGACUAGCGUGGACUUUCGCAGUCGUUUUUCCUCGGUGGACACCCAGUCCUCGCUCGACGAGAAGCCUCUGUCUAGUUCGAUUGACACGCCGCUGGCCAGAGAUCCCAGGGAGGCGUACAGGGAACGUGCUGUGCUUAACGAUGCCAUGCAUAAGCUGAAUAACAACAACACCAGUCUGGGACUUGCCCUUUACACGGCCAGCAAUAACAACAACAGCAGCAGUGUGGGAAGCGAUGGUUCCAAGCUACCAGUGGUUCCCGCCCGGAAGCAGCCGCCGUCAGCGAAGGGCUGCAACAACAGCAACAGCAACCACUCGACCGGCGAAACUCACUCCCAGAGCUCCAAAGAACCCAGCAGCGUCUCGGCCUCGGCCUCCACUUCGUCCGCCGCCUCAGCAGGAUCCAGCACCAUCUCCAGCGGCACCAUGUCAUCUUUGUCUGGUCCAUGUCCAGCCGUUGUGCCGCCCACUGAUUUUAUUACCAAACGUCCAGGGCCCCCAGAACCACCAUUGCGGCAGGCAAAUGUAUUUGACACAGUGGAGACGGGAUCGCGGGGUCACCCGCCGCCUCCUUUAACUGUGCGGAAUAAGCUCGUACGCAAUAAACCGCCGCCAAUUACGUACCCUCGGGUGCAACAGCGCCAGGACUCCACGCUGUCCAGCGAUAGCUACUCAAUCAGCUCCAGUCCGGGCUACAACUCUAAGCUUAUGGAAGCACCACUGCUGGGUUCCCAGCAAGGGGGACGUAAGUCCAACGCACCCGGCACCGCGCAGCGCCAAACUCCGCUCAUGGAUUUGGCUCCCACUCGAUUUCUGGGAGGCGGCGGCGGCGGAGGACGCGGAAGUGGCAAGCAGGCUCCCGUAAUGCCGCCACCAAGGAGCAAGAUCAACUUUCGCCAGGACUCGACCAUCUCAAGCGACAGCUUUAGCCAGACGUCCAGUCCGGGAUACAAUUCCAAGCUCAUGGAGGCGCCGCUGCUGCCCUCGUUGUCCGCCAAGCGGCUGUGCAGUGCGCCAGCCCCGAUCGUGUGCCGUCAGGGAGUACAGCACGAGCCCAUCGAGGAGCUGGAACCGCCGCAGACGAUCUCGCCGCUUCAUAAGGCGGCUGGGCAGCCCAGCAGUCUGCAGACCAUCGUCCGCUUUCAAAAUGGAGCACCGCACACCAUGUCCUUACAGCAUCAGAUUAUUAACCGGCGCAAGAGCUCCAAUCCGUACAUCACAAACGGCCGCUUAAAGUUCCGCCUGUUUCAAAUCCUUAUCAACGCCUUUGCCCUGCUGGCCAUCGCCGGAGGUUUGGCUGCCUACUUUAAUGCAUAUCCGACUAUAAAGUUCGUGAACAAGACUAUCAUCAACACGAUUCACGUGGAGGACACCACAAGUUUUGGCAAGAAUCCAGCCCCAGGCACAUGCCUUCCCAUUAUUGUGCGAUUUUGCCAAGGUCCCCAGAUUCCCUACAACUACACCGUGUUCCCCAACUAUAUCGGCCACUUCGGACAGUUGGAAACGCAAACGGACUUGGAUUCCUAUGAGGCCCUGGUGGAUGUGAGAUGUUAUGAGCUGGUGUCCCUGUUUCUCUGCACGCUUUUCGUGCCCAAGUGCGGACAGAGCGGGGCCACGGUGCCACCUUGCAAAACCCUCUGUACGGAGACGAUGCGCCGCUGCGGCUUCUUUUUCGACGUUUUCGGACUGAGUCUGCCCGAGUACCUAAACUGCAAGCUCUUCAAGGACUUUCCGAGUUCCGAGGACUGCGUGGGGUUGGAUGAGGUUCGUGAGGUGAUGAGAGCCGCUACGCAUCCGAAGUGCGAUGGUUUCCAGUGCGACCAGAACCGUUGUCUGCCGCAGGAGUACGUGUGCGAUGGCCACCUCGACUGCAUGGACCAGGCAGACGAGGCCAAGUGCGAGCGGUGCGGACCAGACGAGAUCUACUGCGGCGACAACCAGUGCAUUGGAACCAAGCACAUAUGCGACGGCAUCACUGACUGUCCCUAUGGCCAGGAUGAGCGCAACUGCUUGAGGCUAAGUGAGCGGAACGGCGAUGUGGGCACCGGGGUUCUGGAGGUCUACCGCAUCGGUCAGCGGCAGUGGAUGCCCGCGUGUGUAAAGAACUGGGAUCGAGCAGUAUCGCCCAGCGCAGUGUGUUCCAUUCUGGGCUACUCGGCCGUGAAUGCCACCAGUGUCCUGACCCAGCUUACUCACCGCCCACUGCUGGCCACGGUAAAUGUGUCCACAGACAUUUGGAAAAUGUACGCCAAAAGAAAGUCCACCUUGAUGCAAGAGUUUGCCAACUGCAAGAAGACGGAGGAUUAUCCUAUGGCCGAUCUAACGUGCUCCAAUUAUGAGUGCGGACGAGUAAAGCGGGGUAGACACAAGCCAUCAAGACGCAUCAUUGGAGGAACCCAAGCCAAUCCAGGCAAUUGGCCAUUCCUGGCUGCAAUUUUGGGCGGUCCGGAGAAAAUUUUCUACUGCGCAGGCGUCCUAAUAUCAGAUCAAUGGGUGCUCACAGCCUCACACUGCGUGGGAAACUAUAGCGUGAUCGAUUUGGAGGACUGGACUAUUCAGCUGGGCGUAACGCGUCGUAAUUCUUUCACCUACUCGGGUCAGAAGGUUAAGGUCAAGGCUGUAAUUCCGCAUCCGCAAUACAACAUGGCCAUUGCCCACGACAAUGACAUAGCUCUCUUCCAACUUGCCACGCGCGUUGCCUUUCAUGAACACCUGUUGCCCGUAUGUUUGCCGCCGCCGAGCGUGAGGAAUCUGCAUCCUGGCACCCUGUGCACCGUCAUCGGAUGGGGGAAGCGGGAGGACAAGGACCCCAAGUCGACGUAUGAGUACAUAGUAAACGAGGUGCAAGUGCCCAUCAUCACGCGUAAUCAGUGCGACGAAUGGCUGGACAACCUGACGGUGUCGGAGGGCAUGGUCUGUGCCGGGUUCGAUGACGGAGGCAAGGAUGCCUGUCAGGGAGAUUCGGGCGGUCCGCUGCUGUGUCCGUAUCCAGGGGAGAAGAAUCGCUGGUUCGUGGGCGGCAUAGUCUCCUGGGGCAUUAUGUGUGCGCAUCCCCGUCUGCCGGGCGUGUAUGCGAACGUGGUGCAAUAUGUGCCUUGGAUACAGGAGCAGAUUGCGAAGCAUACACGUCCCAUUAAAGAGGACCGCGUUAACAAGUACGACCUACAUCCAGGAGGACCCGACAUACUAUCCAAAAUAGCCACUGAUCCAAUGCGUGAGGGUACUCACCACUACACUCAUUCCAGGACGUCGUCCAAAAAUUAA